GCCCUGCCUGGCACUGUACACAGCAGCUCUCUGGGUCUCUGCAGUCGGGGCUGGGUGAGGUGUCAGGGAAACAGGUCCGGUCCCAGGCAGAAUUCUGCAGCCGCUAUGAAUUUAGAAGCCAGUGGAUGAGAAUCCUGGAGUAAGAAUGACAUCUGUCCCUAGUGUUGUAGCCACCCAGAAAUCUGAGUGGGUCUCAUUUAAUGAUGAACUUUUAUCUCAAGGAGGAGCAAGUAAGGACCAAAAGAGCAGUUCUUCAUCAGAUACCAAGAGGGGAUUACAGGAGAAUUUAUACCCAGAAGCCCCCCCACUUCAUACUGACUCUAUAGUGCAAGGAGCAGGAAAAACAGAUUUGUCCACGUGGAUUCAAUUUGAUGAGACACCUGCUGACAACUCUCAGUCUACUGCACAGACAGCUUCUCCGCUGAGGACAGGAGACUGGAAAUCCCCAGGACGCAGCCCCUCGGUGAGGACCCCUCUUCCCUCCCAGAGCAGUACAGAGACCCACUAUGAGGACACCAGCAGCCCCUCGUAUGCGGACCUGUGCUCCCUCCAUACAGAUGACAUCCCUAGUGAUGAGGCUUCUGGGAAAGGCUCAGUGGACAAUUCCUCAUCUUUCCAAGAAGAUGAAGAGAUAGACAUGGAUGCAGUCAACUGGCAUGUCAAUGGUCACACCGAUACUGUCACUAGGUCUCGGUUUCCAAGUUGGGUCACCUUUGAAGAUGAAGUUUGUAUACCUUCUCCAAUAGAUUCCCCCCGAAAGCUACCAGAGAGCCCAAUAUCACCUUUGACACCCGAUUCUAACCACAAUGCAGCAGUGACCUUAAAAAAAAGAGAGCGGCCCAAGAGUUCAUUGGUUGAUUUCUCCAGAGGUCAGAGACUUAACUUCUCAUCAUUACACAGACAGCUGUCAUUAAACACCACCCCCACAAAAGCUCCCAAUCCGUUCCUGGAUGAGGCUUUGAAGGAUGUUCAACCAUCUCCAAUCAACCCAUUCAGCUCUUUUUUCGAAGAACAGGAGAAACGCUCUCAGCGUUCCUCUGUGUCAAGUGGCCCAGACUCAUGCCAAAGUGAAUCCGCCUUUAUACUUUCCAAAGAACUUGAUAGCGAUCAGUUUGAGGAUUAUAGAAAAAAGGCUUUACAAGCUGAUGUAGUAGAACAGCUCAAGCAGAUUCAGAUUGAAGAUCCAGAUUCCCUUACUAGUCCCACUUUGAAAGAUGACCCAUUAAAACUUGAUGAACCCAUUGGGCCUUGUUUAGAUUUUACAAAGCCUCAACCAAAGGAUGGUUGGCCAGUUAUGUUAAGGAUUCCAGAGAAGAAAAACAUCAUGUCUUCUAGACACUGGGGUCCUAUCUAUGUUAAGUUGACAGCGGCUGGAUUCAUACAACUUUUCUAUGAAAAGGGUCUGGAAAAGCCCUUCAGGGAAUUUAAACUAGAAGUCAAUCAUGAGAUAUCAGAUCCUAAACUCCAGAAUUAUGAUGAGAAUGGUAGAAUACACACUGUUCGAAUUGAUCGGGUAACAUAUAGGGAAAAAAGGAAAUAUCAGCCAAUGCCUUUGGUAACUCACUCUGGAGACAGGGAACAAUCGGUCAAACUUGGGACAACUGACUAUUCAGAUUUUGUUAGCAUUAUUUCUUCUAUACAAAAUGCUUUAUUUAAACUUCCAGCCACCGUAGAUCUCAGCACUGUGCACCAAAAUUAUGUAGAGGAAGAGAUUACCGUGGAUGUUAAAGAUGAAUUCCGUGCAAUUUUAGCUAAAGGGGACAAUCAGAUCCUUCAUCACUCUGUGGUCACACACAUACAUGUUCUUAGCUUCCUCUCAGGUAUGGUUGACUGCACGCUUGGACUUAAUGAUGUUUUCAUUAAAGGGAAUGAAGUUGUUUCCAGACAUGACAUCAUGCCAACUACUACCACCAAGUGGGUGAGAUUUCACGACUGUGAGUUCCAUGGUUCAGUAGAUGAAGAUGUGUUCCACAGAUCUAGAAUGGUAGUAUUUACUCCACUGGAUGCUUGCAGGUUUGAGUUGAUGAGAUUUAGGACAGUGUUUUCUGAAAAAACAUUGCCGUUCACUCUAAGGACAGUGGCUUGUAUCCGUGGAGCUGAAGUUGAACUGCAGAGUUGGUUGGUGAUGUCUGCUGGCUUCUCCUCAAAUAGGGACACUCUAUCCCAGGUGCCUUGUGAAAAUGUCACCAUACGACAUCCAGUACCUGCUGAGUGGGUGAAUUAUUUCCGCAGGGACAGUGUGCUUGGGGAGAGGUCUCUAAAAGCCAAAGUAAACAAGGAAGCCAGCUUUGGUUCUCCCAGCCUUUCAGGGUCAGAACCAGCUAUGAGAGUCACGUUGGGAACUGCAAAAUAUGAGCAAGCUUUCAACGCUAUUGUAUGGAGGAUCACCAGGUUGCCUGAUAAGAAUUCAAGUUCUGGCCAACCUCACUGCUUCUUCUGCCAUCUGGAGUUGGGCUCAGACCGGGAGGUUCCUCAGAUAUUUUCUCGCUACACAGAAGUAGAAUUUGAUAUGCCGGCCACCUCUGCCUCCAAAGCCGCUGUACGCUCCAUAUCUGUGGAGGAGAAAACUGAUAUCAAGAAGUGGGUCAACUACUCUGCACAUUACUACUACAAGGUGGAAAUAGAACAGAAACAAACACUAAAUCCAGAUAUGGAGGGGGGAGAUACAGUCCUGGACAAUCCUUGUGAAUGUUCUGCCCAGUAGAACUAUAUUUGUUCACCCCUAGAUCGUUACCCAGAGUUAUCAGGGCCCCAAAGCCCAAUGUGAGGGCGAUAAGGCAAACGUACCACACCUGACCGAGUGCGAGACGUCAGGCUGAUGAGCAACAGAGCCCUUUUUGUACUGGAAGAAGACAAUUAGAGCAGGGCAGCCAGCCCAUCCUGUGUGGGACAGAGACAUGAUUAUUAUUGGCUGAGAUCGAAUAUCACUGAUAAUAUGCGCAAGUUGCCGCGGCGAUUGGGGAACUGGCACCAACCUAUGAAUGUUCUCAGCAAGUCUGUGCUCAUUUCAUAUUGCACAAAAAAAAUUGCCUGUCUGUGUAUUUGUGUCAAGUCGUGACCUUUGCAAAACUCUUAGCUUCUGAUUUUAAUGAAUGUGUCAGGUUUUUAGAGAAUGCUUUUUCACAUUUUGUAGCAUUAAAAUAUAAUUGAUGGGGAAGGCAAAUCACUCAAAGCACAUAGCACAAUACAGCUGCCCUCUUUAAUGGUAACACUAUAUAGGGAGUGGGAGGGGGAAUCGGUGUCUGCUCAGUUCCACUCAGGGGUAAUUCGCUGUCUGUCACCUUUACAAAUAGCCUAUUUUCCCAUUAAAGGGCUAAAUAACAUUUUGCUAAUAAAUUUAGUAACAAUAAAAGUCUUUGUAGACAUUAAAAACAAAAUGUAAUUUACCGCAAAAGGUUAUUAAGGUGUAAAAAUUGUGUUUUGUCUGACGCUCCCUAGAGAAGCCAAAAAGCAAUCUCUGCAAGCUGGAGAUGCUGCAAAUCAAACAGCUGGUUUAGGCAUUUUCAGCACUUUAAAAACCUAUUUUAGAGAGUUUGCUUUUUGGCCUCUCUAAGGAACGUUGUACAAAGCACAAUUUUUACAGUAAAACAAGAGGUAUUUAAUGUCGCUAAAGGGACACUCAACCCACAUUUUUUAUAUCAUGAUUCAGAUAGAGCAGCAGUUUUAAGCAACUUUCUAAUUUCUCCUAUAAUAAUUUUUUUCUCGUUCUCUUGGUAUCUUUAUUUGAAAAACAGGAAUGUAAGCUUAGGAGCUGGUACAUUUUUUGUUCAGCACCUGGGUAGCGCUUAAUGGCUAAAUGUAGCCACCAAUCAGCAAGCGCUUCCCAGGGUGCUGAACCAAGAAUAGUCCGGCUCUUAAGGAUCCAUUCCUGCUUUUUCAAAUAAAGAUACCAAGAGAAUACUACAGAGUGAUUGCUUAGAGCAGCAGUGAUUGCUUAGAGUAGUGCACAAACUCAUUUUACAGCUAGCCCUAAUUGGUUACAAUCAAGGAAUGUAAGAUAACAAAUACAGGGUUUUCAAGUGUAUUUAUAAAGUGACAUUUUACAGUUACAUUUUUUUAAAACACAUUGUGCAGGCAGAUAUUUUGAAAUUAAAAAAAUACUUUUAUUGUUAUUGUUACAACAGUUGCAACCAUUUACAACUGAAAUGUAUUCUAGUGCAAAGUGUUCUUAAAGAGAGAUUGCUUUAAUCCUAUCCACCAGAUUUCCAAAUGAAGGGUUAGAUUACAAGUGGAGCACUAACAGUUGCCCGGGAGCGAUAAGGGGUAAAUCACGGCUCAUAGCGUGCAUCGGAAGUAGUGGGUGUAUUAUGAGUUGAAAGUAGUAAAUGCGUUCGCUUGAGCACAAUUGAAUUUAAUCCGCGUCAGGUUAGCAUAACUUCAGAUCUCUGGUUAACUGUUACACGAGACAAAAAAGUUGCAUAAAAAACAUCAAAAAUACAUUUAAAGGGACAUAAUACUCAUAUGCUAAAUCACUUGAAACUGAUGCAGUAUAACUGUAAAAAGCUGACAGGAAAAUAUCACCUGAGCAUCUCUAUGUAAAAAAGGAAGAUAUUUUACCUCACAAUCUCCUCAGCUCAGCAGAGUAAGUUCUGUGUAAAAAGUUAUACUUCACCUGCUACCAGCUGCAGGUAAAAAUAAAAGAAAAAUAAGGAAAUGAACAGCAGCCAAUCAGCAUCAGCAGUGCUGAGGUCAUUAACACUUACUGUGAUCUCAUGAGAUUUGACUUAACUCUCAUGAGAUUUCAUAGUAAGCUUCCUUUACCUGAUUGGUGAAAUAAUAUGAGAGUUCACGAGGCUCAUCCCCUAAGCUGUCCUAGGACAGACACACUAAAAUGCUGCUUAGAAAUCCUUUACAAUGGGAGGUGGCUACUGAGGAACUUUUGAGGUAAAAUAUCUUUCUUUUUUACAUAGAGAUGUUCAGGAGAUAUUUUCUAAUCAGCUUUUUACAGCUAUGCUGCAUCACUUUCAAGUGUUUAAACAUUUGGGUAUUAUGGCCCUUUAACAGUACAGUUAAACACAUAAUAACACUGGUUGCUAUAUAUAUAUAUAUAUAUAUAUAUAUAUAUAUAUAUAUAUAUAUAGUUUAUAUGUGUGUACAUAUGUAUUUGUUUUACUCUAUAUUUACUGUACAUAUUUAACAUUUCAAUGUUCUUCACUUACAGGUUAAUGUCCUUUUU